GCUUGCUUGGCGCGCUGUGGCCGUCGACCAAUGAGACGGGGCCGGGGAGGUGUGGUUGGGGCGCAGCCGCCCACCGGCCAGGUUCGCGCGCUCGGCGGGAAACGCGCGCGGGGUCAAAGGCGGCGGGAGGUGCGCGUGUCGGCUCCGGUCCGGAAUGGCGGAGGCCUUGAAUCAUUUAAAAAAAGACUACAGAGCAAGAUUCUGCCACGGAGAAGGAAAUAAGAUUGAUCUACGGCAAGGUCAAGAUUUAGUGAAACUCAUACAAGAUUGUUUUGAAAGUUGCAGCAGUGAUCUUAGAAUAAACUCUCCAAAUUGCUCAACCUUUAUUUUGAAAAAUGAGGAAAGGACGUCAGUGCAGAGCCAAAGGCCCAAGCCAGAGUCAACCAGCUCUGUGGAAAGAGCCUGUAAGUCUGUAGAUCCCUCACCUGCGUCACUGCUAAAACCUGUCAGCAGCAGAGGACAGUCUUGUGAAUCACACGUGAAGCCUACAACACACAAUUACGUAGCUGCUUCUGAAAAAGCGGAGUCUCCAGAGUCUAAAAGUGAAAAAAGUACAAUAAAAUAUGUCGAAGCACCGUGCCAGUGUCCUGCUGUGCUUUUGGGCUCUGAGGAUAAUCGUGGGUCUGCUCGAUCACCUUUUCCUGUGGAGGAAGUGGAAAGUUCUCCUGUAGUUAAGUUAUGUUUUGAUAACUGGAGUACGCCAGCUGCAGCAGAGAGCUAUGGAGAAGUUAAAAAUUUGGAAGGACCUCAGCCUGGGAGAGAUGAACAGGUUCUUCCUGUGCAUGGAACAGAACGUGUUACUGCGUCAUCUACCUGGACUGAGAAGACUUUCUCUUCAGCUGUCUUAGCAGCUGUAGCAACAAGACAGAGAUAUUCAACCUCGCUAUCACCUCCAUCACCUCGUCCUGUGAAACAUCAGGAUAUAGAAAUAGAAGACGAAUGUGAAUUUUUAAUUGAUGAAUUAAGUGCAUCUUCUACUUCUUGGAUUUCGAUACCUGCUAAGAACAAAAAAUCAAAAAGUGAUGGCUCUGCAACUCCCAUUUCUAAACUUCAGCCCUCUGAAAAGGAGAAGUCGCAGAAUAAGAAAGUCAAGAACAGAAAAGUACAGGCUAAAGCAUUUACUAAACAGAAACUGGAUCAUCUGGAUGUUGGAACUUUUGACUUCGAAGAAAUGUCAGAGUCAGAUCCAAUCUCUAAUAGUGAAGAAAAUGUCCUUACGUCUCAAAGCCAAAAGAGUGCUCAUACGGAAAAGACUAAAAAGGGUGCACUUAGACUAGACUCUCCAAACCAGAAAAAGAACACAUCCAGGAGACCACAAGCUGAAGAACUGAUGUUGUCAUGGUCUGGAUUGGAAACAGAACCAUCUGAUGAAGAGCGGUGUAAAACAAGGGUGCUGCCAAGUGAGGAUUUGCCUACGCCCUCAUCUGGGCAUCAGGAAGAGCAGACUGUGUCACUAAAAAAGUCUCUCAGGUCUUCCAGGAAUCUGCAGUUGGCUUCUAAAGCUUCUCAGGAUUUAGUUAAGAAGAAACAAACUGCCAAACAGAAACUUCCAGAAGUCAAAGUAGCUGAGAGAGGGACAGUAAGUCCAAGGAAGAAGUCUAAAAAAUCUGUCCAGCAAAGUAGUAGCAGUAAAAAGGCUCAGUUACAAAGAGAGGGAUGUUCUGACAGUGAACCUGGCGAAGAAGAGCUUGAAAGAGAGCCUAUAGAAUUGAAUGAAGUGUGCACCACACCCUUGCAUCAGAAAUUAGAGACUCCCGUGAUUCAGAAGUUGACUAAGUCCAAAAAGCCUAGAAGUGUAUUACGCACACCAGAGUCACUUAGUGGUGCAAAUAACAGAACUCCUCUAAAAGCACUCCAGCAUCCCAUGGAGAGUGUGAAGAAUCCUGAAAAUAAAUGGUUGUCUGCCAAGUCUUCAGGGAAGAUACCCAAUAAGAUUCCACAUAGAACCAAUAAAGCUCUUUCCUCAAGCUCUGAAGACACUGAGUUUCAAACAGAUUCUGACAGCUCUUCUGUCCAGGACAUGGCAAGGAAAAAACGCAAGUUACCAGAUGUGAAAAUAAAAAGUAACAAAAGAAAACAUAACAGGCAGCAUGCACCACUGGAUUCAUUGCUAGCUGAGAAUGUUGAGAGCUGCCAAAGUGGGCCUGUUCUAGAAGAUUGUGAUAAAUUUACUACCAGCACUGAUUCAUCUGAGCAGGAUGAUACAUCUUCAGAUGAUCCUGAAGAUUUGAAUUGCAAAUUAAGAUGUCUAUUGUCAGAUGAAAUAGCAAGGCAUAAAAUAGUAAUGCCUUCCAACACACCUAAUGUUCGUCGGACUAAAAGGAUACGGCUGAGACCUCUGGAAUAUUGGAGAGGAGAGCGUGUAAAUUAUGCUGUGGAUCCUUCAGGAGAGCUUGUGAUUAGUGGACUAGUGCAUCCAGAAACACAAUCUCCCAGGAAGAGUGAAAAGAGGAAGAAGGAUCAUUCCAAGCAGAGCAGAGAUGAAACAAGUAGGAACACAGACUUUUUUCCUCUGAAUAGAAAAGAGAUGCCUGCAAAUUUGGACCACAACCUAGCUGAUAUGUCUAAGCCAGUCAUUGUAGUGGACCCAGUAACAAAUACGGAAGUGCCUCUAGAUUGUAUAAACCCUGCAGGCAUUUGCACUUACCUCCUCAAAGAUGAAACAAUGGAAGUAUACAAAGAUUUGAAUACAUCUCUUUUUGCAACUGGUAUAUUGAUUCUGAAACCGUAUAAAGAAAAAGGGCGCCAGUUUGUCCACAUGAGUACAGUGGUUUUCCGUAUUAUCCGUGGCAAAGUUAUUGUAACGUUACAUAAGACAUCAUAUUGCAUGAGGGCAGGGGACUCCUUCUAUGUUCCAGCAGGAAAUGAAUAUAACAUACAUAAUCUUCUGAAUGAAGAAAGUGUUAUUCUCUUCACACAAGUCAAAAGCAGACGAAGAACUGCGAAGAAGUUUGCUUAAACAUCUGGCAAAGUUUUGUAUGUUCUGAAGUUCUUUUUAUUUACAAAAAUGUUUGAGUGCGCCCACCCUAAUGUUACAAAUAAAUACAGAGCAGCUGAAAUCAACAUAAGGAGAGUUGAGGGAAGAAAAACCAGAAGAAUGUUGGUAGUUUGCUGUCAAACUGAAAUGACAUACUGAAGGACCUUGCUUUGCAUCAGUUACUGUUCUUGUGCCAUCUCAUCAUGGCGAGAUAUGAGUAUGAAAAUAUAUGGGUAUAUUUGUUGUUCCAAAUUGUAUCGAUAUACUUAAUCUCCCUAAAGAUGCUUAGCACUUGAAAAAAAUGCUGGCAUCUUCAGCUAACAUCUGAUAGGUAGUCUUAACGACUGCCUGGUACAACCUGCUUAGAAUAAUCACUGUUUAAAUGUUUAAACCUGCUGUUUGCAUUCCAGUAAUUGUUGUGUAGGAGAUGGGCUGCUGUAAGGCUGCUGUGCUGGAGUCCAGCUGCCUUCUCAUAUGUUAACAGCAGGCAUCCCUUACUUGUCUGGCAGCUGGAUGAUAAGUACCUCCAAUCUGAAUAGGAAUAUAGGAGCUCUCAAGCAGGAGCUUAUCAGUUGUGUCUUUUGUGUGGAAGUUAUGGCCUGAUUAGCUCUGAACAUUGUUGAUAACUUUGCUUUGUGUAACAUUGAUAGGUCAUGGCCAAAUGUAUUACUUUAAUAUCUCCUUUUGAUUUGCUUGCUGUGUUUCUGGAUAAUAAUGAGGACCUUUGGGAAAACUGUAAUUAUACUCUGUACUCCAGAAGCCAAGUCUAGACAGCAGAUGGUAUACACAGCAUUUGUCUCCCAAGCUCUUCAAGAUUCCUUCUGGCUGAAGAUAAGGAUAAACUGCAUUCUCAUAUGCUGCUUUCUCUCUCUGGUCAUUGCUAUCCUUGAAGAGAAGGAGAAAAGGAAAAUUGAAUUGGAAUUGUGAACUACUAAGGAUGUGAGGGUUGAACACUAACCUUGUAAACAGUCUUGGCCAUGAUCUUUAUGGUAUAUCUAGAUUAUACAUUAAAGUAGGAAAGAGGAAUUGGCUUUCAGCUAUCAACUAACUUCCUGUGUCUGUGAAAGGGUUUGGACACCAAGAUUACCAUGCCUUUGUGAAAGAUCCUUUGGAUUGGGGAAUUUGAACUGAUACUCAAAUACUGUCAUUCUCUUUCAAGCAGUGAUUCCUAUGGUUAGUGCAUAUAUAGACUGACAGUGGAAAUACUUCGUAGAAGUUGUGUGCUCUCUUUUCAUUCAUGGCUAAGUCACACGUAAACUCUGAGAAGGUGAAACAGGAACAUGCCUAUUGCCAUUCAGUUCUGUCUUUCAGACUAUGCAGAAAGUCCUGCUGGAACCAUACCAGCUACCAGAUAGGCCCAUGUGUUGUCUCACUGCUUGAGGGAAUCCCACCCACUAAAAUGUUUAGUUUUUAAGUCUUUCAACUCCUCAGGCCUACAGAGAUCUGGAACUUCGUCACUUGGAAAAAGCACAGGGCUAAGAUUAAAACCAAAGACUCUGCUUCUAACCCAAGGAAGUCUCCCAGCAGGCCAUGGAUGUGAUUGAUGGUCUCUGAUCCCAGCAGCAAAUUGGUUCCAGUUGAAAAUCAGAACAAGAAAACUUUUCAGUUGUGUCAAUGGCCAGGGAGUUCUGAACAAAAAUACCCUGCAAAUUCUUUUCUGUGUUACCUGUCUGCAGAUUAGGCACGAAAAGGAUGGAUACUUAAGGGAUUAGUGCAGGAAAUUUAUGUGGAUGGACUACAAGGCUCAUGGUCCUAAAGGAGAGUGUGGGUGGAUGCUGUGGCAGAGCUCUGCAGGCUGCUGCUUGCCAGGGAUGCAUGUGUUUUCAUUUGGUGGGCUGGGAUUAGUAGUGAUGAUAUUACCCAUGUCAUAUCAGGCACUGAUGUGUCUUUUCCCACUGCAGCUUGGCAGCAAGGUUGUGAGGUGGUUUUCUUUUGAGUCAAGAAAACUAAGUCCUUCAGGAUGCCUUCUUAAGCACAAUUAAUGUGUGCAGACCUUUUCCUGACACAGGCUGGAAAGUGCAGAUGUUCAAGUGCAGGUUUCAGGUCAGCAUGCCUGUUUGUAUUUCCCUGAUUCUGUGGCUGGGAGUGUCAAGAGAAGAGGGCAGAUUUAAUGAAGUAUGUCCCUUUUUAGGCUGGCUGGUUUUGUUGCUCUGUGGCUGGUUGUUUUCUUGAGAGAAAUGUCCUGUGUAGUUAGUUUGCAGAGAACAUUUUGCAGCUGGGCUACAUCUGAAUAUGUUUGUGAUUUACUUUUUUUUUAAGAAGCAAUAUCAGGUUUGCCAAGGGAUUUUCUCUGGAAUAUUGCUCUGGUUUAGCAACAGUUCUAUUAUUUGUCAGUAGAUGGGGCUUCAAGCACAGCUCUUAGUAAUUUGCUGGCCUCUGCGCUCAUUAGGGUCUGGUUUUUGAAAGGCAGGAAGAGCAAUAUGUUACAGGUGAAGUUAAAUUUAGUUGAAUUCUCUUGCAAGGAGAUGUAAAUCAGUUCUGUUCACCAUAGGACUUAAUUACUGAACGUUGCUAAGUUCAUUCGGUUACAUGAAUGUUGUACUUGUUGCAGCCACUUGCACAAAAUUGUUCUUUAAAACAGUGCAUGGCAGGACCUGGGUUGUUCGCUGUUAGUCUGGAUUGCAUUUCAAAUUUUUUUCUUCAACUUGACACUUGUUAGAAAUUUUCUGCUGUGUCAUUAGCCUAAAUACAGAGUGAGGAGGUGCAGGAGAAUGUUCUGAAUGCCAGGACUCCUAUGGCAGCUGAGUUGUGCAGUGUGUCAGUCCAUAAGCAGUUGUUAGUCAGAAGCAGUAGCUGAUGUUUCACAUCUGCCUGGUCUUGUUUUGGUUCCUGCCUCCUACAUUUUUGUAUACAGCAGGCCAAAUAGGAUAUUGCAAAGAAAUAAGCCUUUUCUGAAAUGUGAGAAAUUAGUGUUCUUCCUGCAUAUGUGUUAUUGUUUUUGCCAGCCUAUUUUUCACUCUGCUGGGUAAUAUCAGUUCCACUGGCUACUGUGGUUUAGCCAGGUGUUUGUGGAGCUAGGCUGAAGUUGGUUAACCAGUGUUACCUGUUGUGAAGUUGGGAUCUCUCUCUUGAAAGAGACACGGCCUUUUCUGUUGUCUGUGAGAUACACUUACUGUUCGUGGAAGAUACAUACUGAUAUCCUAGUGGAUAUCCCUGUUUCAAUAUUUUAAUUAAUUGCUUUUAUCAACAGUAAUUCAGAGAGCUGGAAACAAAAGCCAAUUCACAUAUUUCAUCUUCAUGUUAAUAGGUUCAUGUGUUCUAUAGCAGGUACAGUGGAAACAUCAGGGGCUUGUUUUAGGAGGCUUAACUGAGAAGUCAUGCCACGAUAAAAAGUCAGAGUUUUGAAGGCUUUGCCUCCCUUCAGAAAAUUACGGGUUAGGAAAUUCUUUUGCAAAUCUAUCUUUUUGUAGUUUCAUUUGGUUAGAAAGCUGUUCCUGUGUUACUAAACAAAGCUUUUUGAAACUUAAAUUAGCAGAAGAAUGAUUGCAAAACAGUCAGAUGUUGUGCACAUCCAUAUUUGUACAACUUUGUAAACAUAAAAUAGGAGAUUGUGAGCUGAGUAAUUACAGACAAAAUAAACAGGACCAAUAAAACAAACUGUUGAGGCACAGAUACAGCUUCUUUUAUUUUUCAGGUGCACAACUAAAUUGGUCAUCUGCAGAUAAUUUUAAAUUGACAUUUGGGGAAUGCAAUAAACCUAAAGAGCUAUUUCCUCAUUUCAUAAUAGCUUAAAAGGCAUUUUAGUGUGAAGGAAUAUUUCUUGUAUUUCUACUGCUGUAUAGACUCUGCAUGAUGUCUUUUGUAAUCAGGAUUUACUUUAAGUGGUGAUUGAUUGCAGGUGAUACAUUGAAGAGCAUGGACCAUGCCCAUUUACUGGUAUUGACAGCUGUUGUUACUGAAUAUCUUAGUUUUUCUAAGCUAGUACAUUUCCUUGGCAGAAUCCUGUCGUUUCACAGAUGUUCACAAAUAGUCAGAAGAGAUCUCAAAGGCAAACAUUUAGGGUUGCACGGAUGAGCUUCAGUUAGGAUUUGACAACCAAAGUGAGUCCUGUGGUCCAGUUCUAAGAUGAAAACGUUGGUCAUCAGUCAGAACAUUAGGCUGCAGAUUAUUAGGAAAUGAAUAUGUUUAAAGGUUUGCCUGCAGAGCUGCUCUGUGUUUUUAAGCCCACUCACAAAGUUGCUGUUCUGAUCUGCUUCAUUUGAGGUUCUCUGACCAAGUAAAGGUACAACAUAAAAGUUUGUAAGUAUACAGGUAUUUUGCACUCCUUCUGCAGUUCUGUUUGGAGCAUUAGAGCAGCAGUGUUUGAAACAAUGAGCUAGAAGGGUCAAAGCUUUUACUUUGUCAGCUUGACUGUUGAGAUACAAGUCUAAAAGUGUUCACAGAAAAAAAUAUUAAUGUCCAGAAUAAAAUUUUUGAUUUCUCUUUGCAGCUUGAUAGGUAUGGACUUUUAAAUUUUAAAACUGAAGAAUUUCAGUACUCUUGACAAAUAUUUAGGAAGUUUAUUAAAUGGGUAUGAUUACUGUUAACACCCAUUUGUUCAUUUAGCUUAUUAAAUGUUUCACUGUAAUGUUUAAAGAUGCCUUUUUCUGUAUUUUCAGUAACAAUAUCUGAAAUGAGAAUUGAUCAAGAUCAGUGGUAAAAAGAUGCAUGGUAAUGCUGUGAGAGUGUCUUCUGGAGCCAACAUGUCAUAAAGAGGGAGGGGAAAGGAGUGGUAUGAGAGGUAUAAA